AUGUCACGACGAUCAGACCCGCUCGAUUGUAAAGUAUACGUUGGAGGCUUACCACAGGAUGCUACAUCACAGGAGCUUGAAGAUGCAUUCAAUCGUUUUGGUCGUAUACGUAAAGUUUGGGUUGCCCGUCGUCCUCCAGGAUUUGCUUUUGUGGAAUUUGAAGAUGCCCGAGAUGCUGAGGAUGCUGUAAAAGCGUUGGAUGGGACAAGAAUUUGUGGUGUACGUGCUCGUGUAGAAAUUUCACAUGGUCGUCGACGAAAUGGUGGUUAUGGAGGGGGUGGAGGUGGUGGUGGUGGUGCUUACUAUGAGGGUGGUCGCCGGCGUUCAAGGUAUUUGGAGGCGAAAAGAGUAAGUUAUUUUACCCCAUCCAUGCAGUUACCACAGCCAUUACUACUACUACUACUGCUACUACUAUUGCUACUACCACUACUAUCACAACUCAUCUCAACAUCAACACCUACUUCAUCUGCUUUGCAACUACUACUAUCAGUUCUACUGUUGCCUAACGAACAUCUUCGUAGAAGCAUUACGACUUUUUCAUCACUUCAUCGAUCUUCGUCACCUAUACACUUCUCUGCAACAAAAUGCAGCAGGGAAUUUCCCGCAUGA